UCUCUAUGAGAAGGGGUUUGGAGUUCAGUAUCUUGUCCUUCGGCAUGCGUAAAGGGGAAGACUGGGAUCCAACUGCCAGUCUUCCUACCGCUCUAACCCCCCAACAUUUAGUCAGAGGCCCAGGGUUAGAACUGCACUAUAGAGAGAAUGUUUAGUGUGUUCUUUAGUCAUUCUUCAUCAAAACAAUGUGACAUAAUGAAUAAAAUGUCUCUAUGCUCUGUUUGGCUGCAUCAUACUCCAGUUGCUCUUCUUCUGUGGACAAUAACUCACGCUGUUACUACCAGUAACCACAGGUGUCAAAAGACCCAGAUAGACAUGUUAAUGAUUAUAAUUAUUAUCAAUUACAGUCAGCCACAUCAUGUUUAAUAGAUUGUUAUAUGAUUGUAGAAUAUUUAAGUGGAUGAUGUUUGGCAUUGAGGCUUUGACGUUUGACGCUCAGUUUAGCACAGCAGGAAUUGGGGAUAGAAUGUUUCUAGUAGAGUAUAAGGUAGAUUCAAGCAGGGUUUGCUAUAUGAACAAUUUGGUGCCAUUUGCAGCAUAUUUGUCAGAGCUCCAUGUUCCCUCUGCCUGGUGAAACUCGGCGAGCUCCUUGUGUCCCUAAUCAGUGCUGCUGUUGUUUUCAGCCACAGACCGUCGCAUCUGGGAGGUGGAUGUGCAGACACAUUUGUCUCCACCUGGCCCAACUCACACAAACUGGUCAAUUUACUUACCAAGCAGACCAGAAAAUGCAAUGUCUGCCAGUGACUCUAUUUUUGUCCCUGCUGAAUGAGAAACAGUCUCAUGCAAUAUGUGGAAUAGGGAGUGUGUGGGAGUGGCACGGCCUCAUCCUGACUGCUGAAGAAGGUGCAGAGGGUGGUACAGGUGGUUCUAGUUGUAGACCAGAUCUGUGACACGCUCCGUCGGGCCUGCUGAGGAGCUGGAACUGAUGCAGGGAUUAACACAAGGACGAGAGACCCUUCUGUUUCCACUUUGGAGUCGAGACAGACUGCGACCGGUGUGUGUGUGGAAGACAAGGCCUUAAAAGAAGCAAAGAACAGUGCUCAACUGAAAGUGUCACCACCACAUUAACCAUCUAACUUGCAUUAAGGUCACACUCUGAGAAUAUGUAACUCAAGUAGUUAUUCCUGUCAUGAACACAGCCCCAUCUGCCUUCUUCAGGUGUUGUCAUUCUGCACACGCACCUAGAAAAGUCAUUAGGGGAACUUGAUGCAAAUUGGUUGAAAAUGAGCCGCAGUGUCAGCAGUGGUGGAAUAAUAAGACUUUUUAUUAUGGAACAACACAAUAGACAGAACUGUGAACGGGAUGCUGUGAGUUUAUGAUGAGAGUCUUUCACUGUAAACCUGUGUCAAUCUGAAAAACACCAACAAACAACUUUGAUAUUCUUACACCAGUUAUUCAUUAUCAGGGGUUCCUCUACCCAUGGGGGGGUGUCAUGCACUUUGUUACGUUUAUGCAGAAACACUGUCUUGUGACCUAUUAGUUUCAAUUCUUAAUGUCUAGGCCGAUGGAGAAACUAUUGUUCAUCAAGAAAUAGUUGUAGCAUCAAAAUAUCCUCUUUUUACCGCUUGUUUACAAAUUUAAUAAACCAGAUAUGUCUUAAUUAGUGAGUUUUGAUCACUAAUGAACUUUGAACAGAGACAACAUGGCUGAUUCCAUGGCUCCAGCUCCAUACUUAACACAGAGACAUACAAACAGAUCUAACACACAGCCAAAGUAGGAGUUGUUUGCAUUUCCUGAAAUGUUGAAUAUUUCUUUAAACAUACACCACUGUAUACUGCUACACUAGUGAAAAUAUUACAUCAGCUUACAAUGAGCUCAUACUGAGAAGAAACUUCAAUUUACUGGCCAGGUUGUUAACAGUGACUUUAAUGGGGUGUAAGUAAUGACACAAUGACCAUAAUCUCAUUGAACUUCAGUUCCUUAUUGGUUAUCUGUCAUUGUCAUUGUCAUGUUGGUGCUGCAUGAGGCUGCCCAUUGCAAUUCCAACUAUAUUGUUAAGGAGACGAUCACAGCUCAGUGCAUACAUUUUAAAUUUGUCACAACACUGUGAUUUGUGAGUGCUCCCCUGGCUCAGUGUUUGGCUCAGAUCCAGUCUCAUCACACCGCCACGAUAACUACCAGUCUGGCUCCUCAGUGUCAUGACAUGAGAAGGACAAAAAUAUCUCAAAGUCUGAUCAGAAGCAACAGCCUCUCUGCAUUCAAACAGAUGCUACCUGGGUGUUAACUGCUGCAGCUUUACCUUAAGCUUCACAGUCACGAUCGAUGCCAAAGGAAACAACGGGGUUGACUUCAAGUUUAAAUUAGUGUUCACUUUCACGUAAACUCUGUCAGACCAGGACUACGAGGCAAUUUUUCAAGGUUUGGGCCAUGGAUGCAGAAAUCACGUUAGGUCCACUCUCCUUGUGCUUCAUUGUUAGCACUGCACAUCCACGAGUGUGUUGUUUUUAUUUCAUAAUUGGAUAUAAGUAACUCCACAUUCACCAUAUUUGUCUCAGCUGCACUUUACAUGAACCUUCACCAUAUGGGAGGCAUUUGCUCCUUUUUAUUAAGCUCUGUAAUGGCCUAUAAGAGAGGCAUUCCACACCUAUUCCCUAUUCCCUCUUACUUAUUAUAUACUGUUAUUAGGAUCAUUUCCACAUUAUGAAGAGUCAUUGAGAAUAUAUUUUCUUCAUGCACCUAAUCCGACCUUAGAGUCAUGGCGGAUCUCAACCAAAACUAAACAAGCUCUCUUAUCAUAUUUCUCUACGCUGCUCGGUUGCUUUGGCAGAUUACAUCUUUGGUCCACUCGAUACACGCCCGUUGUUUGGAGAAUGAUGUCAUUAUGUGGAAAUGGUUAGGCCCCUCUUCCCUUCACUUUUUGGGCCGAGGCUGGGGAAUAGGAGCAAGGGGUGGAGGGGUGGGUGUGAAUCACGCUUAACAUCAGCACAGACAUGGGAGGAGAUGUGAGUCAAACAUUCCCUAUUAACUAUAAUGUUUGUUCUAAGGACAGCCUGGCGGGUCAACUGGGCACGCAGCUGUUGCUUGUUCUUCGCUGUCUGUGAUAAGAUCGUUGAAGAUGUUCUCUCUCGUCUUUGAUCAGCAGUUGAACAGUGCAGAUUAUCAGACUCUGUGUAUGUCUUCCAUAUGAAGCUGAGAGUUGACAUCUGACGGCAGUUGUACGGAUGUAAAGCUCACGUUACUGCAGCCAUACCUCCCCUGUCAUAGCAGCUAAAAUGGUAUAUCCAAUCCAGGGCUUUCCCCAGGCUUCAUCUUUGCCUGAUGCUAUAAAUAGAUCCACCAGAGCUUGCUCCCUCGCCCUCUCUUUGCUCCCUCCCAUUUUUGCUUCUUACUUGUUGCCCCUUCCUGUUUAAGACCCUCUUGAUCUGUGGGACACCAGUACUCCUGCUGCCAUACGACCCAGUUUCCUCUGGAGGAAUCCCUCCCUCUUCCUGAGAGCGCCCCUCCUCGCUGGGAUGAAAGAAGGCCAGAGUUGGAGAAGGUGUCCGAGCAGUAUGGUUAGUCUGUGAAAGCUACGUUUAGCCCCGGGAUGGAGUAGCAGAGAUCAGUGGGUCUGGUGUAGGGAGCUCAGAGGGCAACAUGUGGUGUCUGCAGUGUGCCUCUGACAGGAGUCAGUCCUUACUGGAGCUGGAAUCAGACGGCUGUGUGGAAGGUGAUGCUCCAGGCAGCGAGGUGGGCGCCUCUGUGGACCCCAGCAGCGGCUACAGUUGCGUCCCAGUGACCCACAGCGGCGGGCUCGGCCACGACCACCUGGACAGCCAGUUCUACGGGCACAUCCUGCUGCCCGGCCACCCGCGGCCCCGUCGACCCAAGCUCCAGCACUCCCAGUCCAUCCUCCGCAAGCAGGCAGAGGAGGAGGCAAUCAAGCGCUCCCGCUCGCUGUCAGAGAGCUAUGAGCUCUCAUCGGACCUACAGGACAAGCAGGUGGAGAUGCUAGAGCGUAAAUAUGGUGGGCGUUUCAUAACUCGGCAUGCAGCCCGUACCAUCCAGACAGCCUUCCGCCAGUAUCAGAUGAACAAAAACUUUGAGCGUCUUCGAAGCUCUAUGUCUGAGAACCGUAUGUCCAGACGGAUCGUCCUAUCCAAUAUGAGAAUGCAGUUUUCCUUUGAAGGACCUGAAAAAGUCCACAGCUCCUACUUUGAGGGAAAGCAGGUCUCACUCACAGAUGACGGCACCAAAAUCGGUGCACUGGUGCAGUCAGAACACGGUGGAGAGAUGGGGGUGCAGGCCAAGACCCCCACGACACAGAGUGACUUUACAGAUGCUAUCACAGAACUAGAAGAUGCCUUCUCCAGACAGGUCAAAUCUCUAGCUGAGUCCAUAGAUGAUGCUCUAAACUGUCGCAGUCUGCAUGGUGAGGACAGCCACUCUGAGCCAGGGAGAGGUCACCAGGAUAUGAACAGGGAAGUCAGCUGCCAGGUGAAACCCUCCCACAGCGCCUCAGAUCACCGCAAGUUGGAUGAGAUGACAGCUUCCUACAGUGAUGUAACCCUUUACAUUGAUGAAGAGGAGCUGUCACCACCCCUGCCUCUAUCUCAGUCUGUAGACCGACCCUCCAGCACAGAAUCAGACUUGCGUCACCGCUCUCUCAACUCCUCCCAGGAUUACUGGUCUCUAGCUCAUAAAGAUGAGAAAGGGGACACUGACACCAGUUGCCGCAGUACACCUUCCUUGGAAUGCCAAGAGCAGCGUUUGCGGGUAGACCACCUACCCCUACUGACCAUUGAGCCUCCCAGCGACAGCUCGGUGGAACUGAGCGAUCGCUCUGACCGCAGCUCCUUGAAGAGACAGAAUGCCUACGACCGAAGCAUCAGCAACCAGCAGAGCCCCAAAAACAUCAGCCACGGUUUGCCGCCCCGUGGGCCUUCCAGAGAGGAAGACGCUUCCCGCCAUCGACCGCGACAACUGGAGGCUCACCUGGCCAUCAACGGAACUGCAAACCGUCAAAGCAAAUCAGAGUCGGAUUUCUCUGACGGGGACAACGAUAGCAUCAACAGCACGUCCAACUCCAACGACACCAUCAACUGUAGCUCUGAGUCCUCAUCCAGAGACAGCUUGAGGGAACAGACUCUCAGCAAGCAGACAUACCACAAAGAGACUCGCAACAGCUGGGACUCACCUGCUUUUAGCAAUGACAUCAUCCGUAAAAGGCACUACCGCAUUGGCCUAAACCUCUUCAACAAGAAACCAGAAAAAGGCACCCAGUAUCUGAUAGAGCGGAACUUUGUCCCAGACACUCCAGUGGGUGUGGCCCACUUCCUGCUUCAGAGGAAGGGCCUGAGUAGGCAGAUGAUUGGCGAGUUCCUGGGUAAUAGACAGAAGCAGUUCAACCGAGACGUCCUAGAUUGUGUGGUGGAUGAAAUGGACUUCUCAGCUAUGGAGCUGGACGAAGCGCUCAGGAAAUUCCAGGCUCACAUCAGAGUCCAGGGAGAAGCGCAGAAGGUCGAGCGGCUGAUCGAGGCCUACAGCCAGCGCUACUGUAUCUGCAACCCUGGUGUGGUGCGACAGUUCAGGAACCCCGACACCAUCUUCAUCCUGGCCUUUGCCAUCAUCCUCCUCAACACGGACAUGUACAGCCCCAACGUCAAGCCUGAGAGGAAGAUGAAGCUGGAGGACUUUGUUAAAAACCUUAGAGGAGUGGAUGACGGGGAGGACAUCCCCCGAGAGAUGCUGGUAGGAAUAUAUGAGCGGAUUCGCAAGCGGGAGCUCAAGACUAAUGAAGACCAUGUGUCUCAGGUUCAAAAAGUGGAAAAACUCAUUGUAGGGAAAAAGCCGAUCGGCUCUUUACAUCACGGUUUGGGCUGUGUACUCUCCCUACCCCACCGGAGACUGGUGUGUUACUGCAGACUUUUUGAAGUGCCCGACCCCAACAAACCACAAAAGUUGGGCCUGCACCAAAGGGAGAUCUUCCUCUUUAAUGACCUCCUAGUGGUGACUAAAAUCUUCCAGAAGAAGAAGAACUCAGUGACGUACAGCUUUCGGCAGUCUUUCUCACUUUAUGGCAUGCAGGUGGUGCUCUUUGAGAACCAGUAUUAUCCUAAUGGAGUUCGCCUGACCUCGGCCGUUCCCGGAGCUGACAUCAAAGUCCUCAUCAACUUCAACGCACCCAAUCCUCAGGACCGCAAAAAGUUUACCGAUGAUUUGCGAGAAUCCAUUGCUGAAGUCCAAGAGAUGGAGAAGUAUCGGAUAGAAUCUGAGCUAGAAAAACAGAAGGGUGUGGUGAGGCCAAGCAUGUCCCAGAGUUCGGGGUUAAAGAAGGAAACAGGAAACGGCAACCUGAGUCGAGUGAGCCUCGACGACAGCUACGCCAUCGGUGAAGGCUUGAAGAGGAGCGCCCUCAGCAGCUCCCUGCGUGACCUCUCAGAUGCAGGCAAGCGUGGGAGACGCAGCAGUGCAGGAUCACUAGACAGCAAUAUGGAAGGGUCCAUCAUUAGCAGCCCUCACAUGCGGCGGAGAGCCCCCUCCAGCCGAGACUGCCCGUCUCGCCACAGUGGCCAGUCGCUGCCCAACUCCUCGUCUCUGCUUGGAUCUUUGUUUGGCACGAGGCGCCUGAAGUCGCCCAGCCCCACCCCUCAGGCCCUGCACCCCACCCUCAUCUCCCACACCCCGCACCCCACCAACCUGCACCACACGGCCCGCGUCGAGGCCGACACGCCGGGCCCAUUGCACCCACACCACGCCCAGUUCUGCCACAUUACCCAGAACCCCCCGCCUUACCAUCACCACCACCACUACCACCCGCCCGCCCACUUGCAGCACCCUCCGCACCAGUUCCACCCGGCCCCGUCUCACACCCAGCAGCCGUCGUAUCCGGCUCACCCGCAGCACGGCCACGGCAGCCACCCAGCGCACUCUACCCACCCUGCCCACGGCCCCCACCAUCACGGCCCACCACCACCACCCACCCAGGCCCCCAGCAGCACCAAGCCCAAGCACAGCGGCAUCAGUACAGUUGUGUAAGGCGCAGGGGGUGGGGGCUCACUCUGGGCUCUCUGACUGAACUUUAAUUUGUCCUCCAAGGCUCUCGGCUGAUGAGACGGUUCUCACUGUGCAUCACUGGUCUGGGGAUGUAAAGCCAGACAUCAUCCUGCGUCUCCUUCAGCAUUUUUCGUCACGCUCAUCACUGGGACAGUUUAUUCAUCACAUUUGUUUUGUCUUAUUCCUUCCGUUUCAUUUCAAGUAAAUCACGUCUGUCUGACAACAGCGCAAGAGCAUGCACAAAGACCACAAGUCCUUUUCCAUCACAAUUAAUCUCAGAACAUGAUCAAAUAUCUCACUUAAUAGUAUUUUACACAAGAAGUAAAUAUCGUCUACAAAGUGAUUUUAUCUCUCUUGUCAGGGUGGUUUGGCUGAACACAGACAGACAGACAGACGGUGGGUCAGCCUCAGCAGUAGCUGUACGAGUAUUUAAUGUAGCCGUAGCUCACAGUGCACUGUGAUAUCUCUGUUAGCAGUGAUAAAUGUGCCAAUUAUUGAAGCAUUUACUAAUUUAGUCACAAAAAUCGCUUUAUGUAUAUUGUGCAUAGUAUUUUGUAAAAUAAUAAUAUCAGCUGUUAAUAUAAUUAUUAUUAUUAUUACGGAACAAAUGGCAUCAAUUAAAACUCUCAGUAUUACACUCGCACAUAGGUGGCGUAGUUUCACACUUCUGAAAUCAAUCAGUUCGGCAAUUCAGUGAUCCACCACUGGAACACUAAUGGAAAUGGUUGCCUUUGAGUUAGAACUCGGGAUUGUUGACGGCCAGUGCUCACCCGCCUGCGUACAGUCUCAUCCUCAUCCAUGCACUUCAUUGGUUCAUUGGAGUCCUGUUUCCCGCUCUGGAAACAGGAAGCCACAGCGAGCUGCUGAGCAAACAGAUUCACCUGAAUGUCCGACCUCCAGUACCGGCUGCUUGUGCGCCGUCAUUUUAUUUUUUUAACUAUUUUUUAAGAAUCCGAUAUAAAAAUACGAAAUGCUCUAUAUUUUCUGUUCUACCCCAACCUGGUAGGAUUCUUCAAGUCUGCUCGGCAGGAGGAGGUUUUUUGAUGAAGUCUGUGUAGCAGGGAAACAGCAACAUGACUGUCCAAGUGUCUGUCCUGAUGUGGAAGCUCUCAGCUGGCUGAGUGUGCCCUGUCCGUCUUUAGUUCCACUGUGCUUCUCCUGAGCAGCCAGCGCGGCGUGCAGCGCUGUUUACUCCCUCCAUCGGACUUUUCCUCCGAGCCAUGCGGAUGCCACAGAAAUCAAUAAUUAUCACUCUGUGAUGGCGGCAGCUCUCUUACGCUUCACUCACCGCAAAUGGCAGUUUUAUAUCAAUCAUGUUUCUGACAUAUUAUGGGAUGGCUGGUCGUACCUCCCAGGCUUCCUGUGCACAGUAUCUGUUGUGUGUGUGCAGGGUGGAGGCAGAGGGCCGGUGUCGUAGAGCAUAUUUUCUGUUGACAGUGACGCAGACAGCACUUGUUUUACUUAGUUGAUAUCAAUGGCAGAGGUUAGUCUGUAUCUGCUUAAAGACUACGAGAUGGGUUUUUUUAUUUGUGCAAUAUGUAUUUACUUUUUAUGUCUCUGAGCAAUUGCAAUCUGGUGGUUGUUCCGUUUUGUUUAGUUCUGUUAGUUUUGUCGUUUUGCCCCCGCAGUCCUUUGUCAUUUCUCCCAUCUAUGUAUCAGCGAAGUGCAAGUGUCCACACUGAUCUGAAAGGACUGGACCCUCCACACGGAAAAAGAAUGUCAAACAAAGUAACUGCAUGUAACAAUGUACUUUUGAGGCAAAUUUCUGACUGUUGUGUAUUCCCAAACUAUAUCAGAGUUGACAGUUGUGAAAAAUGAAUGGUAGAGUAGUUAUGGCUUCUUCGAUUACAGUUAACAGAAGUCAACGUAUUUGUGUCCCUUAUGGAGGAAAACUGAGCCUGUAUCAGUUCCUAAUCCACAAAGAGUAGUUUCAUGGAUCUGAGUGUACAACAGUAGUCAGAGCCGGAACGUUCUUUGCCAACAGAAAUUUGUGUUAUCUUUAUACAGCCGGUGUGGUGACAGAUGUGCUCUGCCAUCUGGAAAUCAGAGAGAUAAUUGACCGACAGCAGACAGUGUAACGAAAUGAGCUCUCUUAUCGUUAUAUUUAUCAUCUGUCUCUGUCAAUGGCUCUCACGUUACUGUUGUCAAGUGACACCCAGUAGAUCUGCGUUCUUUAAGAGGACCACAUCUUUCCCCAAGCUUUCCAAGGUACCAUCUUCUAAUAACCCUUCAUAAUCCGUUUUUAAAAUUGUAACUAAUCUAAUUAAUCUGUUAAGUUAUUUCACUGUCAAUGUUGAUCGUAGUUAAUAAGCCUUUUACUGCUGCUUCCUACAUUUACAUUUCAGCCCUUUACAAAAACACCUUUUUGUUCCCAAACAAAACUCCCUGAACUGUUAUUUAUCCUCCAACCAAUGUUAGUAAGUCAUCUACAAUUAUAGAUGUUAACUUCAAUAAUGCAUCAAGUCUGCAGUUGAAAAUGUAUGAUAUGAGAUUUUAGAUAGGGAUCUUCAGCUGUAUUCCUGAAGUUAAAGGUGUCCUGUGGAGUUUUUGACCACUAGUAGCGCUGUGGUGCAAUGUUUAUACAGGUGGGUCCCCGUUUUGUUUCUGUUGUCACUGUGCACAAGAAAAUGCAUACAUGUGCACAAGCACGUAGAGGAUGCAACACACAUUCCUGUUGCCCACCUCCACACUGAUCCGCUAAUCGACAGGUGGCAGAAGAAGCAAAGUGAAGAAAGACAAAUGCAGACUAGCAAAGGUUGAUGUAAACAUUGCACGAUGGAGAAUAUACUCAAAUAUGUGCGUUGUUGGAUGACAUUAAGAUUGAUUGCUUAUUUAAAUGAAAACUCCAUGAGGCAGCUUUAAGUGGUCACAGUCUUCAUGAAGAGCUAAAGAGUUUGCAGAUACAAUUAAAGCAUUUGUCACGCAGGGCAGGGUUUCCUGCAAAUCUCACAGUUAAGUGUCGUCUAUUUACCGACACUGGCUGUUGCUAAGGCGUUCCUCUACUCACUAAACUGAUCACAUGUUGGGACGCUUGAGGAUCUGAGUGGAGUUCCACUUCUGAAAAGCAAUUCUUGGAUAACACUAGUUCAUAACCUGGUGUAUUACUGAACUAUAAAGCAUUUGUAUUCAGUUGCCAUCAAAGAAAUUAUUGGUUACAGCUUAUGUAUUCUUUAUAAAUGGUGUCUUAUUAGGAAGUGGUACCAUUUUCAGAAUAUUUCUCACAAUCUAAUUUUUAUUUUGCAGUACUUCAUGUAUCUCAGAUGUAUCAAAUAUACCCCGUUACUUUUAUUUCAAUGCAGUCAGGAAAGUGCCAGUGUUACAUGGUCAUUACAUUUUGAAUCAGUUUUAUACCAAAUAAAUUGGGGACCAAAUUUAAUCGAGACAACCACAACGCUUCAUUUGACAAAUUCUGUCAUCAGAGCAGCGUCUGAUUAUCACUGACUAGUGUUUAAUUAGUAAUGGUGCAGACACGAGCCAAGAAGGAAGCUAUAGCUUUAUUAAAUAUUGAUAGUCUAGUUCUCCAGAUGACGUCUCAUCGAAGUGUUCUCAGCAACGACCCUUCAGUCCCUUGGAAAACUGAUCUAUUGUCAAACCUGUCCAGAGUCUGUGUGAGGUGCUUUGUUGCAUGCCAUUGAUGCCUACCAUUUCUUUCUUUUCUCUUCUUUUCUUUUGUAUUGUUGUUCUCUCCAGCAGCGGCUUGACUAGACCCUAAACUUUCAUCGUAUAGUUUUGAUUUCUCUGACUGAUGCUUGUUUACAUUUAGAUGAGCCCUGGCCUGCUAGUGUGUCUUUUCAUCGCAAGCCGUGUCAUUCUACCCCGGCAUGCAUCUCACCUCUGUCCCCACUGUACAGUAUAAAGACGUGGCAGUACGCUGCUGCUGCUGAGUGUAAAUAACAAAAUCCAUGUUGGGAAAUCUAAUGUAACUAGAUGAAGUAAAGAGGGUUCGACAGGGAGGGGACAUUUUAAAAGUGGGUGGGAAGUAAAGAAUGAGAAACCAUAUGUAAAUAGUCUGUAAAUUAUUAUCAUUAUUAUUAAUAUUAUUAUUACUACUACUACUCAAUGUCUGCAGUUACAUUGAAGGUGCAUUCCUGCUCCCCUCUGAUAUUUACAUAAUCAUCAAACUGCUUCUCUCUGCCUCCGACAGGACUGAAUUAUCAUAGGAUCUAGAGAUGAACAGCCAACUGUUACACAGUUAAACGCCGCUUCUCACUUAUUCCCUGAGAUGCCCCUGUUGUCUCACGCUCACAGCCCACUUUUCAAGUCAAAGGGAAGGGAGGAGUGCUCUUAUUUUAUUAUGCAUUCUGUUUCUAAGUAGACAAAACCCUAUUGAUGUAAAACUAGUACUGUGACGAUGUUGAGAACGCGAAAUAAAACGAUAUACUGUAAAACCUGAGCUGCGUCUGGGCGUCCCUUCAUUUUGGUUUCCUGGUCUCAGUUGAAUGAGUGGGUAAGUCCAGUAAUCCCACUUUCUGAAGGGAGGUUCCAGCUAAAUGGGCUGCAGGACUCCUGAGACCACACAGGGCUUUUCUUCUACUGGCCCCCAGAGUCGCAGCAGUGCCCUUAUUCCCAAAAGUGGUUAAAAAGUCUGAGGACCACACUAUAAAUGAUUUCUUUCCAAAAAAAAGCAAGCAGUCCUGUUUCCUUAUGAUACUUUGUCACCUAAAUGUGGCCCCAGAGUCCUACAGGAGAAGAAGUGGGUGUUCCCAAUUCAUAACCGUAAUUACUUUGAGCACAAAGUAGUAUAUUUCUGUAUUCUUUUAGGUAAAGUUAAUGGAGUAUUUUGACUUCAAUAUUUCUUCAACAAAUCACUGAGUCAACGAUUUACGACCGAAUAUUAGGGCUAUUUAAAGGGAAAAAACAAUUCGGAAAUUUCAGAGUAAAGUCGUAGUACUAUAAGAAAAAAGUCAUAAUAUUAGAGAAUAAAGUUAUAAUUUUAGGCUAUGUGUCACUUUACAGGGGGAAUAUCUGAACAUUGGCCUGUUGCCUGUGUUAAAAUGAGGAAUGUGGAGCAUUUAGUUACAUUAUACUUUAGUGUAGAUUUCAACAAAAUAAUGAAUCUUUUGGCAAAUCAGCACCACAUUAUUUUAAGUGUCAGGACUUGAUUGUGUGAGAAAGACUCACACAGACAUGGAGGAUAGUGCCUCUUUUGUUGCAGCGGAAAUAAUUGUAGUGGUCGACAGUGAGGUUAUCAUUGGUAACAUGCUGUGUCGUUUCUCAAAAAACUGAGAUUGAUAAUCAAGAUUUUGGAUCCAGAAGCAGUGGAUCUUUUGCAAGCAUGGCUUCCCCUUUGAUGGUUAUUACCGAAAAAAUGUUUCUUUAUUCUUGAAAUAUUAAGAAUUUUUUCUUAUAAAAUUAAAACUUUAAUCUCAUAAUAUUGUGACAUUAUUCUCAAAAUCUCAAGACUUUUUCCAUCAUGGUUUCAUACUCUACUAAUACAUCAUAACAAUUAACCCUUGAGCCAAGAUUUCUGAAAUAUUAAUGUCAAGAAGUCAAGUUCCUAUACAACCACAUCCCACAAUGCAUUUUGACACCAAAACAAAACUCUCCCACACUCUGUGUAUUAUCUUUUUUCUGCAUUUGUACCUAUUCACUCAACUGAUCAAUCAUUUCGUUUUCUGUGAAUUGUAUCUCCCAAUAUAGUGCUGGUCACAGAAUCUAUGUAUUUACUGCUCAAAACAGCCAAAUAAAAGUAUAUUUGGACUAAAA